GGGGCUCUAGGGCGCCUGCGCAGGAAGGUGCGUUAAGAUGGCAGUCGCUGGAGUCGGAGGCUGGGCGGUGACGAAAUUCCAUGGAAUUAUAGUUGGUCUACUCUGCAAUGUCUCUAUUUGAAAGCCAAAGUGAGGACAGACAAGAUGAACAUAGAACAUGAGAGAUAUCUGCAAGCCAACAACAAAGAAUUCAACAGUAUUUUUGUAUAUCCGAACAAUACCAUCAAGACCUCAAAAUAUAGUGUCUUUAAUUUCCUGCCUCUGAACCUAUUUGAACAGUUCCAGAGACUUGCAAAUGCAUAUUUCCUCAUUUUGCUAUUUUUACAGUUGAUUCCCCAGAUCUCCUCCUUGACAUGGUAUACAACUAUGACACCCCUGAUGGUGGUGCUGUCCAUAACAGCCGUGAAAGAUGCCAUCGACGAUCUGAAGAGGCAUCAAAGUGACAAUCGAGUCAACAACCUGCCUGUUCUGUUACUGGUGAAUGGCAAGAUGAAGGAGGACAAAUGGAUGAAUGUUCAAGUGGGAGAUAUAAUAAAACUAGAAAAUAAUCAACCUGUCACGGCAGAUAUGCUAUUACUCUCUAGCAGUGAGCCAUAUAGUCUGACAUACAUAGAGACAGCAGACCUGGAUGGUGAAACCAACCUGAAAGUGAAGCAGGCCAUCUCAGUUACCAGUGACAUGGAAGAUCACCUGGAGCUUCUGUCUGCCUUUAAUGGAGAAGUGAGAUGUGAGGCUCCCAAUAACAAACUGGACAGAUUCUCAGGAAUACUGACCUAUAAAGGGAAAAACUACUUCCUGGACCAUGACAAGCUGCUACUCCGAGGCUGCAUCAUCAGGAAUACAGACUGGUGCUAUGGCUUGGUGAUCUACACUGGGCCAGACACCAAAUUAAUGCAGAACAGUGGAAAGUCCACUUUUAAACGAACACAGAUAGACCAUCUCAUGAAUGUCCUUGUACUCUGGAUUUUCCUGGGUUUAGGCAUCAUAUGUUUUGUCCUAGCAGUUGGGCAUGGCAUUUGGCAGAACAAGAAAGGCUACCACUUCCAGAUUUUUCUGCCAUGGGAAAAAUAUGUCUCUUCAUCAGCUGUCUCUGCCAUCCUCAUAUUCUGGUCCUACUUCAUUAUUCUCAACACCAUGGUGCCCAUUUCCCUCUAUGUCAGUGUUGAAAUAAUAAGAUUGGGCAACAGUUUAUAUAUCAACUGGGAUCGGAAGAUGUUUUAUUCACCAACGAACACACCAGCACAGGCUCGUACUACCACCCUUAAUGAGGAGCUCGGCCAAGUCAAAUACGUGUUCUCUGACAAAACAGGGACUCUGACUCAGAACAUUAUGAUUUUCAACAAAUGUUCUAUUAAUGGGAAGCUCUAUGGUGAUACUUAUGACAAGGAUGGACAGAGGGUGACAGUCUCUGAGAAAGAAAAGGUUGACUUCUCCUACAACAAACUGGCUGAUCCUAAGUUUUCAUUUUAUGACAAGACUUUGGUGGAAGCAGUGAAAAAGGGAGAUCACUGGGUGCACUUGUUUUUCCGCUCACUCUCAUUGUGUCAUACCGUGAUGUCAGAAGAAAAAGUAGAAGGCAUGCUGGUGUACCAGGCUCAGUCACCAGAUGAAGGUGCCCUGGUCACUGCUGCCAGGAACUUUGGCUUUGUGUUCCGUUCCCGCACGUCUGAGACAGUCAUACUGGUCGAAAUGGGGAAAACCAGAGUCUACCAACUGCUGACUAUUUUGGACUUCAACAGUGUGCGCAAGAGGAUGUCUGUUAUUGUGCGGACACCUGAAGAUCGGAUAAUGUUGUUUUGCAAGGGUGCAGACACCAUCAUCUGUGAACUGCUUCAUCCAUCCUGUAGUUCCCUCUGUGAUGUGACCAUGGAACAUUUAGAUGAUUAUGCCAGUGAAGGCCUUCGCACCCUAAUGGUGGCCUACCGAGAGUUGGAUGAAGCAUUCUUUCAGGACUGGAGCAAGAGGCAUAAUGAAGCCUGCUUGUCUUUGGAGAAUCGGGAAAGCAGAUUAUCAAGUAUCUAUGAAGAAGUCGAAAAAGACUUGAUGCUGUUAGGGGUCACAGCCAUAGAAGACAAGCUACAAGAUGGAGUACCUGAGACAAUCAUCAUCCUGAACAAAGCCAAAAUUAGACUAUGGGUUUUAACUGGAGAUAAGCAAGAGACUGCUGUGAACAUUGCCUAUUCUUGUAAUCUAUUUGGGGAUGAAAUGGAUGAGGUGUUCAUCGUGGAAGGCAGGGAUGAUGAGACUAUUCGGAAAGAACUCAGGACAGCAAGGAACAAGAUGAAACCUGAGUCUCUCCUGGAUUCAGACCCCAUAAACAUUUACCUCACCACGAAGCCCAAACUGCCUUUUGAAAUACCCGAGGAGGUGGCCAAUGGCAACUAUGGCUUGAUCAUCAAUGGCUACAGUCUGGCCUAUGCUCUAGAAGGGAACCUGGAGUUGGAACUGCUGCGAACAGCGUGCAUGUGCAAGGGGGUGGUCUGCUGCCGGAUGACACCCCUUCAGAAGGCCCAGGUGGUAGAGCUGAUGAAGAGGUACAAGAAGGUGGUGACACUGGCCAUCGGGGAUGGGGCCAAUGACGUCAGCAUGAUCAAAGCUGCCCACAUUGGGGUUGGCAUCAGUGGCCAGGAGGGAGUGCAGGCCAUGCUCAACAGUGACUUCGCCUUCUCCCAGUUCCAGUAUCUUCAGCGUCUACUCUUGGUCCAUGGCCGCUGGUCUUAUAAUCGCAUGUGCAAGUUUCUCAGCUACUUCUUUUAUAAGAACUUCACCUUCACCCUGGUGCACUUCUGGUAUGCCUUCUUUAAUGGAUUCUCCGCACAGACAGUUUAUGAGACCUGGUUUAUCACGUGCUACAAUCUGGUCUACACUUCCCUCCCUGUCCUGGGCAUGAGUCUGUUUGAUCAGGAUGUGAAUGAGACAUGGAGCCUCCUUUUCCCAGAGCUGUAUGAGCCAGGCCAGCACAACCUCUAUUUCAACAAAAAGGAAUUUGUGAAGUGUUUAAUGCAUGGGAUCUACAGUUCCUUCGUGUUGUUCUUUGUCCCCAUGGGGACUCUUUACAAUGCAGAACGAAAUGAUGGGAAGGACAUCUCCGACUACCAGUCCUUCUCCCUGGUGGUGCAGACCUCCUUGAUCUGGGUGGUCACAAUACAGAUCGUCCUGAAGACAACCUACUGGACAAUGAUAAGCCAUGUCAUCAUCUGGGGUAGCCUGGGUUUCUACUUUUGCAUGUCGUUCCUCCUGUACAGUGAUGGCUUGUGCCUAGCAUUCCCUGACGUCUUCCAAUUCCUAGGUGUGGUCAGGAAUGCUCUAAACCAGCCGCAAAUGCUUCUGAGCAUUAUCCUCAGCGUGGUCCUCUGUAUGUUGCCUGUGAUUGGGUACCAAUUUCUUAAACCACUAUUCUGGCCUAUCAGCGUAGACAAGGUUUUUGACAGAAUUCAAGAGUGCAGGAGACUUCCACGGCAGUCCCCAGUCCGGACCAAACUGAAACACUCAAGCACUCGACGUUCUGCCUAUGCAUUCUCCCAUAAACAUGGCUUUGGGGCCCUCAUCACUUCUGGCCAGACAAUGAAGUCCAGGAUGUCCAAGAAAAACACCCUUUUUUCAAAAAGAUAGAGGCCCUAGGGAAAUUCCAAAGGAGGCAAUCAGUGCUCUUCCUCCCUCGUAUUCAUGCAACUUAGGAAGAAUUAGAGUCUCUGGGAAGCCAGCAUAAACCUGCUCCUUCAUUCUCACUAGGGACUAAGCCUCCUAAUUGUCCAGAAGGCUAUGCCCAGGUAAGGCAAGGAGAGGUGAGGAAAGAGCCCCCAGAUGUCUGCCAGAGUUGCAGCAUUUCAAUAGAAAAAGAAAAAGGAAAAAAAGAAAAACAAAAAAAGUAACCUCAGGCCUGCCUCCCACCAUCUCUUGCAAGUUUUAAUCCAGACA